AUGAUAUUAGGGAAUCUCAUUGCUAUUACCCAAACAAGCAUGAAACGUAUGCUUGCCUAUUCGUCCAUAGGUCAAAUCGGAUAUGUAAUUAUUGGAAUAAUUGUUGGAGACUCAAAUGGUGGAUAUGCAAGCAUGAUAACUUAUAUGCUGUUCUAUAUCUCCAUGAAUAUAGGAACUUUUGCUUGCAUUGUGUUAUUUGGUCUACGUACCGGAACUGAUAACAUUCGAGAUUAUGCAGGAUUAUACACGAAAGAUCCUUUUUUGGCUCUCUCUUUAGCCCUAUGUCUCUUAUCCUUAGGAGGUCUUCCUCCACUAGCAGGAGUGUUUAUGUCACGUUACAGAGGGCCUCGUUUGAAAAAAAUACGCCGUCUGGGGGCUUUACCAGGACUAACCAGUAAACAGCUUCCAGUUGGAAGCGAACAAUCGCGCUCCAGUGAAAAAAGGGAAAAAAGGGAAAAAAGGGAAAAAUCUUACUAUUCUAUUCGUUUAGAAGAAAAACAAAAAUUGCGUUUUCAUUAUGGUCUUCCAGAACGCCAAUUGCUGAAAUAUGUUCGUAUCGCUGGAAAAGCGAAAGGGUCAACCGGUCAAGUUUUACUUCAAUUACUUGAAAUGCGUUUGGAUAACAUACUUUUUCGAUUGGGUAUGGCUGUGACUAUUCCUCAAGCCCGUCAAUUAGUUAACCACAGACAUGUUUUAGUUAAUGGUCGUAUAGUAAAUAUACCAAGUUAUCGUUGUAAACCUGAAGAUAUUAUUACAGCCAAGGAUGAACAAAAAUCUAGAACUCUGAUUCAAAAUUCUCUUCAAUCAGCCCCCCGCGAAAAAUUGCCAACCCAUUUGACUCUUGAUCCAUCCCAAUAUAAAGGAUUAGUCAAUCAAAUAAUAGAUAGUCAAUGGGUUGGUUUGAAAAUUAAGGAAUUGCUGGUUGUAGAAUAUUAUUCUCGUCAGACUAAAACCUAG